AAGUCUUUAUCCUAACAUCUGGCAUCUAGCAGCAAGAUAGCCACCAUUUGGUCCUUUUAUAUCAGAGGCUAACCUAGUUGUUGCAGUCUAUUUUCAAAUGCAUAUAUUCCCAAUGCGAUACUGCUCAUUUCGGAUCCGCACUACAUCAUACCAUGACUCGAUGUGUUGGCGUUGCCGAUAGCCUUCUAGUAGUGCCGCCUGUGUCCAACCAUGAUUCUCUGCGCAGAAGAGAAGCUCAAUACCUCGAAGGAGUGAAAUUAGAAGACUCGGGAUCUAUUGUGGGAUAUCCAACACUCAGCGGAAGCCCGCUUCAAAGUGCUUUACCACUUGCAUCUGCCGUAGCUUUUUCAUCAAUACCACCAUUAUUAUACCUUACGAGAGAUACUGUAAGAGCAUCAGCGACAGCAUUCGUCACAACUCCAGUUGAGUCGGCUCGAACAACAUACAAUACUGCCCCAGAUUUCAUCACGGCCAGUCCUGUUCUUUUUACCGGCGAUGGCCUCAAAGUGCUACCUAGUAUGUUUUUCCUAUUCUCAGCUACGAUUUCAGGAUUAUACUUGGCCGUUUGAUUACCAGAAUAAAAUUUGUCGGAAUUUCUGGAUUUCAAUUGUAGGGGAAGUGGCUGUCUUUGAGAGUAAUGUGGAGUAAUGGGAUCCGGACUGGGUACAUGAAGCAUGGAUUUUAUCAGUACUUGGUGUUCCGUCUGCCUGUGUAUUUUUUACCUCUCAAUGAUAUGAUUUAGCUUUAUAAGAAUAUGUAAUUACUGAAUACCAAAUCCUCAUAUUGAAAUAAAAUAAGUAUGUAGCUACCAGUA